UCCCUCCCUCUUCUCCCUCCCCUCUGCGGGCUCGGAGGCUCAUUUCUCCCUCCCGCCACCCUCGGGCGGACGCAGCGCUGGCCUCUCGCCGCCCGCCGCGGGCUCGGCUCUCCUCGCAGCCCCGGCUCUCCUCGCAGCCCCUUCCCUCCCGGUGAUCCCCUCGCGCGCAGGGCUGUAAGGUGCGGGGGGCCGGGUCUGGCGACCAUGAGCCGCAGUCGGGCCAGCCUGGAGCGCGAGCGCCAGGCGCAGGAAGAAGAUAGUGGUUAUGAUACUCUCUCUUCACAAGAUAGAGAAAGUUUAUCAGAGCUUCCUGGUGAUUCCCAGAGUAUUUCUUCAAUCUCCCAAUCAGAAGGAAAUAAUUCUGAGAGGACUUCCGAAACAGAUUCUGAAGAAAAUAAUUCUGAGAGGAUUUCUGAAACAGAGUCUGAAGAAAAUAAUUCUGAGAGGACUUCAGAAGCAGAUUCUGGAGAAAAUAGUUCUGAGAGCAGUUCUGAAACAGAGUUUGGUGAGGAGCAGAGUGAAUCUUCAGCUGAGGAAUCAUCAUUCUCCCAAGUGGAAGACCUGACGGAGGGAUUCCCGGCUCCUUUCCCAUCAGGGUUUGGCUGUUCUCCUGCACACUGUGGACACUGCAUCACUGAGAAUAAGCAGAAUGAGCAGGUGGUGCCCAGACUGCUUUCCAGGGGACAAUUUUUGUUGAAGGUGGACUGUGAGGGAACCUACCAGUGUGCCCGGACCGGCCUGAUUUUUGAGGUCAACAAGAAGACUGACAUCAAGUACUCAGUUUUGUCCUGGAGCAAAUACGCCGACUUGGUGGUUAAGCCGUGGGUUGUUGGCGGGCCCUUAUUCGACGUCAAAUGUGACCCCUCCAUCCUCGUCUCCAUCCAGUUUCCACAUUCCCUCUGCUUGGGCGACCACGAGUCCCUGAUGACGUUCAAGGUGUUCCACAUCACAAAAUCCGGUCCCGCUCUGGAGUCCACCGUAGAUCACUCCAACACCCACGUCAAGUGGCACGUGAGCUCCCUUUCUCCAGUUGGGCCCGUCAUUCAGGCCCAGGAGACCGUGCAGCACCACGGGGCAGUGAUUCUGUACAAAGUCAUCGACGGCCAUCCGUCCUUGUCCUUCCGCGUCUACGUUGCUACAAAUAACGACUCCUUCAUCAGGGAUAUCGCCAAAGCUGUCAAACACUCUUCCAAGAAGUUCAUGAAGAUUGACAAGCCUCCCGUGUGUCUGAAACUGCUGGAGAAUGGGAAGCGAUACCGCCUGGUCAGCGAGCCGGAAGCCGAGAUCACCCCGGAGGAAAUUGAAUUUGUCGAUGGUUCCCUUCUGAAGUUGAAAAGUUACAUCGAAGUCUUUUUGGAGCAACCUUUGGAGUUCAAGUUGUCUUUGGUUGAGCUGGAGUCUGACGAAAUUGUUUGGAAAGCAAAACUCCGAGAAUGUGACUGGAUCCAACAUGAUCAGAACCAGAAUAUUCAGAAAAACAACACAAACAUUAACAGAAGACGGAAAAUGAGUGACAGUUUACCUGAAGAGGAGAAUUGCGUGAAAAGAAUAAAGCAAAUUGAUACUUCAGACCCCGCCAAGAGGGAGCUGCUGUCCGACAAGCAGCUGAUGACCCUGGCCAGGAAGUUUGGGAAGGAGUGGAUCCAGCUUGCCGUGGCCAACCUGGGCCUGGAGAUCGCCGACAUCGACGCCCUCCAGGAAAAGGCUGACGACGUGACGGUUUGCAAGUUCAGGAUGCUGAAGAAAUGGCAGGAGAGGGAGCGCAGCAAUGCGACGCCCAAGAACCUCUACAACUGCCUGGAAAGCGACGUCUCCAUCGAGGUCCUCGACAUCCUGAAAGGUUUCUUGGCAUGAAUGUGAAAUCUUAGAAGAAUCUCUAAAAAAUGGAAACUUCAGGAAGCUUUUUAAAGAGUUUAGACUCUUCCGAGUGUCCAUUACUUGAUGCAGCUUCAGGAUUAUAAGCCAGUGAUGAAACUGUUCCGACGUUUCAUGGAUAACUACAUUUUCGAGGUCAAAAAAAGCUGAGGAAAAAUGGAAGAUAAAUUGGGCCAGAAACUUGAAGAGAGCAAGGCAGGAGGGAAGAGGCUAGAAUAUUGAGAAUGUUCUUUCUCUCUCCCGACUCCCGACUCUCUCCCUUCUUUCCCCAAAUCAAUGUAGCAUUUGCUUAGAUCUUCCAUGGUGCUUGAACAUUGUUGACCUUUUAGCUGCAAGUGAAACGUGAUCAUUUUUCUUAGGAAAAUUGUGUCAGGCAUUUGAAGCCUCUCCAGCCGAAAGUGGUGGCCAUAUUCUUGAUGGUAAUUUCAGGUAGCUUUCCUAUAACAUUAAUAACAAACUCACCUUCUUUCUGUUAUUUAAUGUAGAACCUGCCAUACGCACCCGCCUAUGCAUGCAAACACACUCACACAUUCUCUCAUUUGUCCUGGGACUCCUUCCACCCCUGGGUCAAGUGUCUUUUUCCUGUGGAACUUCAUCUUCACUUCCCUGCGGCUGUGCCUUGGGAUUAGCUGGAUUGCAGACAGCCCACUUUGUUUAAGUUGUGGAAUCAUGUUCCCUCACUCAGGAUGAAGGGAAAGGUAUGGAACUUCUUCCUACCUUCGGGCCCUUUCAAGUGGUGAACACAGACUAAAACCUUGAUCUUCUUCUGCUGUCAAAGGAUUUCAGGCCAUACAUCUCCAGUGGGUGUGUGUACAAGCCAACCACUACAACUACUUAACCUCGCCUUGCCAGGGCCAAGAUGCUGAGCCCCGAGCAGAGCCAAGGAAGGAUUGUUCUCUCUUCUCGUGGAAGAUUUUCCCCAAGGAAUUAUAGGGCCACAUUGGUUCUCUUUGGUUAUUGAUUUGUUUUUUGUACACUAUUGUGAUAACCCCCUGAAUCUGGUCUAUUUGGGGGGGCAGGGAUCGAAAUGUCUUGGACAAUUGUACUAGCUACAAUCAUGUUUAAGAAGCAGAAAUGGACUAGGAGGUCAGUGGUCUGUGUAGCAUCGAGAAAAGCAAAGGCUGAUGUUAAAAGGACCUCUACAGAAAUGAUAUCCAACUUUGAUCUACAGUGUUUAAUACGCUGUAUUAAAGAUAACACUUUUUCAAAAAAUAAUUCUUGUCUAUGAGUUAGGAUUAUUUUUAAUAUUCAAGAAUCCAUUGGGAAUCUAUGAAUUUCUUUUUUUAUAUGUGAUGUAGCCUAGAAAAUAAGGUGGGAGGUAGUAAAGGUAGGCUUUUAAAACUAUAUAAAUGGGCUUAGUUCAAUUUUUAUUUUGACUUUUUUAGAAGUAUGCUAAAAAAAUGUUCAUUUCAACAAACUUCUGCAGAAUGAGAUAAUGUGAUAUUUUCCACCAUUUUUAUCAGCUUCUCUUUGUGAGUAAAUAGGGAGGAGAAAAUAAAUCUGCUUGUGUACAGAAG